CUCGGCUCUCUCUCCCACGCACCUUUCCCUUGGAUGCAAGGACCCUCGACACGGUUCCCACCAUGAAACCUUCUCACCGCCUCUCCAACCUCCUCUUAUUCUUCCACCUCAUCUCUACCUUUCUCCAGGUGGGCCACACAUCCAACAUCUCUUCCUUCUACUACGACCAAUGUUCUCCGUCCACAUGCGGCAAAUCCAUCCUCAAAUUCCCAUUAGGAAGGAACGCGCCGUGUCGUAGCGCCUACAUAACAACCUCAUGCGAGAACGGCACCGUCUUCAUCACUGACGAUGAAAACCCACACAUAAAAUACAAGGUCGCCGAGGACCUGACAGAUGAAGUCUACUCGAAUCGGAUGGUCAAGUUCGUCGAUGUAUCCCUCUUCGGCUGCGGCCCGAUCCCUCCCUUCAAGGGAUCGACGGCCAACGCCGGUUUUGAAUCCCAGAAAUGGCUCGUGGAAGGGGUCUUUCACGCGAAGUCCGACUACUGGUUGGGGACCUUCUUCAACUGCACGAAGAAGCCUGCAGAAGAUAUUGUUUCUAGGCUAAGAGAAGGUCCAUGUUUGGAGUGUGGUGAGACCAGCAACUUGUGUUAUUUCUACGAUGGGUACAUGUCUGAUAUACCCAACUGUAGACCUUUUAGGACUAUCAUUCCAGUGAAAGUGUUUAACAAUUUCAGUAUGGUUGGGAACCUUAGGAAGGUGCUUCAAGAAGGUUUUAGGACUGACUGGGAUGGAGUUUGUGGGCCAUGCAUGGAAAUGGGUGGUGGGAGAUGCGGGUAUCUUGAUGAGAAGAGGCGAAGUGGUAAGGAGGUUUGCUUUUGCAAUUCUGGGGUCCAUAGACACAACUGCUCUGAUGGGCUUAUAAUUGAGCCUGUUGCUGAGGGCGGUGGGCCAAAGCGGAGAGACCCAAAGCGGCGAAUGAUGCUGAUUAUAGGAUUUUUGCUCGUAUUGGUAACUGUCGUCGCAUGUGCAAUCUACAUUUACUGCCUUCAGAGGCGUCGUAUGAAGCGAAGAUCGCAACAACGUGGUCAAGACGAGCAAGUGCUUCGACGCUAUCUAAACAAUGACAAUAGUACCCCAGCUUCCAUUGAAACAUUCCUACACAACUACAACUCUGGCAUGCCGACGAGAUUCUCCUACAAACAGCUGAAGAAAUACAGUCACAACUUCACUCACAAGCUCGGCCAAGGCGGCUUUGGAUCUGUUUACAAGGCCGACCUCCCUAAUGGCCUAGUAGUGGCUGUCAAGCUUCUCGAUGAAACUGAGCAAAGCGAGGCCCAGUUUGUCAAUGAGGUCCAGACCAUUGGCCGAAUCCACCACAACCAUCUAGUCCGGCUUUUGGGUUUUUGUUUCGACAAGUCGAGAAGAGCUCUAGUGUAUGAAUUUAUGGCAAAUGGAUCCUUAGAUAAGUACAUCUACCAAAGUGACGACGGUUUGCCUGAUAAGCUGGGCUGGGCUCAGCUCCAUGAGAUUGCGGUCGGCACCGCGAGGGGGAUCGCCUACCUCCACGAUGAAUGCCGGGUCAGGAUAUUGCACUGUGACAUCAAGCCUCACAAUAUCCUUCUUGACGAGAGGUUCACGCCCAAGGUGUCGGACUUCGGCCUCGCGCAAGCACUGAAUAGGGAAACUAGUCAUGUGUCCCUCCCGCGUGGGAGAGGGACUCCGGGAUACGCACCACCAGAAAUGUGGUUGAUGAACCAUGGUCCGGUGACCAGCAAGUCGGAUGUUUAUAGUUAUGGGAUGGUGAUUUUGGAAAUGGUUGGGAAGAGGAGGAAUUUCAAUGAAGAAGCUAGUAGCGAAAGUGAGGCCUACUUUCCUGAGUGGGCUUACUUGCACUAUGUGGUGGAGGUUGGUGGUGAGUGGUCCAAACACAACUCAGACCAAGGAAGAGAAGAUGAUGAGAUCGUGAGGACGAUGUCGCUGGUGGGCCUUUGGUGCAUACAAUUCGAACCCAAUCUGAGACCGACGAUGUGCAGGGUUAUAGAGAUGUUGGAGGGGAAUGUGGUGAUCGACGCUCCUCCAGUGCCAUUCGAUGUAAGCGUGUCUAGGGUCGUUACUGGUGGGACCCGCAUGAUCCCAAUCAAGGACUGUAUCGUUCACCAUUGAAACCCGGUCAUAUCACCCCAUUCGGGCCUGUAUUGGGCUGUUAUAGCCAUGCUGUCUGUGGCUGAAAUUGGUUCGUAUCAGUUUCGGACGAUACUUUAAAUCACCUUGUUCCGGAUCGUAACAUAAGGCGGGAGUUCAUAGUUUCACAUGAUACUGACAUGUAUGCAUACAAAGAUUUUGAAAUGUUAAUUUCUCUAGUAUCAAAUGGGCUUUAAAUACCCGACUGUUUGUUUCCUCAAUCAAAGUGUAAGUUGGGUUGGAUGAGAUCUGGACCAUUCAUCUGGUUGGCUAUAUGGUGGAUUGGCUGCUAGGUGCAUGGACAAAAUCAUAUGGAUUGGAUAAUUGUAAUCGACAAUUGGAGGGAUCUGGUCUACUGAAUAUUUAUCAUUAGUUGGAAUUCUAUCUAA